AUGCCUAAUCUUUUUCCUAUUAGAGCCAAGUUUCUUUCAGCUCCAACCUCUAAACGAUUGAGCAAUCUGUCGUGUUUGGAACUGAGAAAGGAGAUUCAAGAGGCUUCUAGAAGGAAUCUUAAGAUGAAUUUAAUUUGGAAUCAAUUUAUGUAUGAAAUUUGCGACAGAGUGGCCAACUAUUCAAAUACACCUAAGUCCGAAAAGGUUGACAAAUUCACAUCAACCGAUAUAUCGCUAAUAUUCUCAUCAUUUUCAACCCUGAAGAAGAAUAAUAAGAAGUUUUACAACUAUUUAUUAGAGUGUGUAAACAAUGACUCGGACACGUACAACGUGCGGGACGUAGCAAUUCUGUACAAUAGUUUGACCAGGCUGAAGGUGUCAAAUGAGUUUGUGUUUGACAGUUUAAACCAAGUGAUACUGAGUAAAUUGAAUAGUAAAAUAUCGGAGAAGGUAAGCAUGAAUUUGUUGUUAAGGGACAUAUCGCUGUUGUUAAAUGCGUUACUGGAGUUAAAUAUGCGGAAGGUGAAGGACAUAUUUGUAAAAUGCUCCCUUAUUUUGUCCAGUAGAAUUAAGUACAUCAGUAACUUGCACACAUUGACGCUGCUGUUGUACUCGUACUCAAGGCUAUCUUAUACAAUUGACGCGGACAGUAGCACUGCACCAGCAUUGCAAGAUUGCAAAAAGAACAGGAUAAUACAGGGGUACGAAAAGAGGUUAACAGUGAGCGAGUACGAGUACAUAAUCUUAACGGAUGUUACCAUGGCACUGUUGUCAAAAUGCUCAGAUUUGCUUUUGCAAAUGAGGCCAACAGAUUUACUGUACUUCUACAGGUCGUUCUUGAACCUGUUUUUUAACUCGCCAGAAAGUAAAAGGAACAUAUACUCAAACGUAGUUAAGCUGUAUAAAGUGCACAAUCAAAUACUGCAGGUCAAAUUGGAGUUCCAAACACGGGAACUUUUGACUUUAUUACAACUAUUAAAAUCCUCGUACGAUAUUUUACUGGAUAACAAAUGCGAAAUGACUACACUAGAAAUAUAUAAAAAUAACCUGAACCUAGUUAAGAAGAUAAAGGAUGAGUUGGUAUACAGAGUUAAGGUCAUGUCAAUAGCGGACUGCAUUAACUUUAUGAGUUUGCUCGAUAAGGAUGACCACAAUAUUGAGCUUUUGUUCAGAAGACUUUACGACAAACUUAACAGAGAAACAAACUGGGAGUCAUACACAAACAAGGACCUGUUUGCCAUUCUGGAUAAGGUGGCCCAGAGAGCUGAGAAGUAUGUGAGUGACAAUAUGAAGAUGCUAGUCGGCGUAAUAAUAAAGAAGACGUCCAGGAUUAUAAAGUUGAAAGAGCUGUGUAGCAUCCUGGAGACAUCGUCGGUACUGGGAAUUAAGUCGAACAGCUUAUUUAAAAAAUUGGCGACACUAGAGUGCAGAUGCUACAACCUGGACCCUGAACAAAUCUUUAUAGCUUUCCACAACUCAGUACUGCUUGGAUAUGUUGAAGUAGCAGACAACCUGAUGCCGCACCUAUUCAAGGUCACUGACCCUAGCCACUCAGCACUGUUGCUCCUGGACUUAGCUUCACUGGAAUUCAAUUCACUGAGAAAAGUAAACACGGACACAUUAGAGCAUUUGAAUUCGAACAUACGCAAUGCCAGUGUCGAUAGAGAUGAUAGUUACCGCAAAAGUCUCCUGACAUACUUUUCGUACUUUAACAUAGCCAAUAUUCGAGGUAGUAAUGGCAAAAUUAACACCAACAAUAGUAAUAUUAGUAGCUGCGAUGACGCUAAUUCCCCUUAUGAAGACAAUAGCGAUGGUUUGGAUGUUGAUUUUAUGCGAUUGAGUUGUCAUUAUGUUGACAGCAAUUUGAACGUAGUUGAAUAUAAGAGCCUACUUGAUGAGUUUAUAGAAGACUUUGGAGUUUUUAUAAGUAAAUUUGAUGCUAAAAGCCGAUUAAAACGGGAUGUAAAAGUAGGUGGAUUCAUAUUUCCAGCUGCUGUAGAAGCAGAUUCUAAAAUUGUAGCAAUAGUACCACUUUUUGAUGAUUUUUACAUGACAAACAGCAAAAUGUUAAAAUUGUCAAAGUACACACAACUGAGAUUGUUGGAUUAUCUACAAAUUAAGCACAUGUGUAUAGAUUUACAAAAUUACAGGACGCAAGACGACAAAAAUAACGCAUUGGCAAAUAUACUGCAACAAACUUACACAUUAUUAAAUAAAAGAAAAAAUAAAAAAGAAACCACUAAAAUAAAAAAUACUGAAUAUAAAGUAGAAACAACUUUAGAGAGAAAUACCAUGAAACAUCUCAAUAACUUCGAUAGAUUUAGAAUGUUAGUAUCAACAACCGUGUAA